AUGAGUUCCGACUACUCAUACGAUAACGAGGCCCAGUUCUUCCCCUUCUUCAUCCUCACUCUCAGCGGCCUCGUCACGCUCCCCCUGACAUACUCGCUCCUCCGCUCCGAUGGCGAUGCCGGCAAGCAAGCGCAGGCCAUCAAGACCGACUACCGCCACAAGCAUGCCGACGUUGUCGGCGCUCUGCGGGCCACGCAGAAGCGCAAGCAGCGCCGGAUCAAGCGCGCCAUUGUUGCGCUCGCCGGCUGGGCCCUCAUGGGCGCCAUGGCCUACCUCAUCAUGACGACGACGCCCGUCGUCAACAAGAUCUGGAAUCCCUAUGAUAUUCUCGACAUCUCAGAGUCUUCGACCGAGAAACAAAUCAAAUCUCACUAUAAAAAACUAUCCGUCAAAUUCCACCCCGACAAGGUCCGCCCCGACCCCGCCAAAAACGAGACGGUCGAGUCCCUCAACGACCACUAUGUCGAGAUCACCAAGGCGUACCAAGCCCUCACCGACGAGGACGUCCGCAACAACUACAUCCAGUUUGGCCACCCCGACGGCAAGCAGAGCUUCAGCAUCGGCAUCGCGCUGCCGCAGUGGAUCAUCUCUGACGGCAACGGCAAGUACCUCGUGCUCCUCUACACUGGCCUCCUCGGCAUCCUCCUCCCGUACCUCGUUGGCUCCUGGUGGUACGGCACGAUGCGCCGCUCCAAGGAGGGCGUGCUGAUGGAGAGCGCCAACAACCUUUUCCGCCAGUACGACGAAGACAUGGACGAGGGCGGCAUCAUUGGCGCGCUCUCAGCUGGCAAGGAGUACGAGCAGGUUCUCAAGGGCGACGCCGCCGAGUCAGGCCUCGCCAAGAUUGAGGCGCGCAUCACCGCGCCCGGCGAGGCCUCGCCCUUUGCGGCUGGUUUCGCCGUCAAGGACAAGCAGAAGCUCGAAGACCUCGACAACGGCAUGCGCCGCAAAGCGCUCGCCCUGCUCUGGGCCUACCUCGGCCGUGUCGAGCUUGACGACCCCGCGCUGACCAAGGCCAUGUACGAAAUUGUUCCCAUCGCCCGCACUCUGAACAAAUCCUUUGCUGCCAUUGCUCUCGCCUACGGAAACAUUGGCCCCAUUGCCGGUUCCUUCCUCGCCAACCAGCAUCUGAUCCAGGCCAUCCCCCCCAAGGCCUCGCCGCUGCUCCAGCUCCCACACUUUACUCCCAGGAUCGCCACGGCGGUCGAGGGCGACUCCAAGACGCACAUGACGGUGCAGCAGUUCCUGGACCUUCCCGACGCCCAGCGCCGCCAGCUCGCCGUCGGCAAGGGCCGCCUCACCGAGCAGCAAUACCAGACAAGCGUCGCCGUCGGCAAGCAGAUCCCUUACCUGCGCGUAGCCAAGGCCUUCUUCAAGGUCACCGGUGAGCGCUGCAUCAUCCCGUCGUCACUCGUCAGUCUCGUAAUCAAGGGCCGCUUCAUCCCGCCUGGCACGGAACAGGUGCCACCCGUCAAUGAGCUGGAUCUUGAGGACGUGGACCCGGCCGAGGAUGACCUCGAGGCGCUCAUGGGCCGCAAGAAGAAGACAAUCAAGGGCCCCGACGGCGCGCCAGUCUCGGUCGAGGAGCAAACCAUCACCCCGCCCCACGUAUUCGCCCCCUACUACGCCCGCGAGCACACGCCCAAGUGGUACGCCUUCCUCAGCGACUCCAAGCAGGGCAAGCUGGCCGUUCCGCCCUUUAUCUUUGACCAGUUUGACCAGCCCAUUGUCGACGACAAUGGCAAGCCGACGUUUGCCAUGCAGACGCUCAAGGCGCAGUUUGCAGCUCCGCCUCAGGCCGGCCACUACACGUUUGUCAUGCACCUCGUCUGCGACUCGUACGUCGGCUUCGACACCAAAAUGGAGGUGACGCUCGUCGUCGAGGAGGCGAGCAAGGCGGCCCAGAUGGAAGCUGAAGAUGAAAUUUCCGAGCCGGAAGAGGACUCCAUUGCUGGCCAGAUGCACGCCAUGAAGACGGGACAGGCGCCCCAACCGAGACGGAGGAAGCAGCAGGAUGACGAGGAUUCGGAUGAGGAGAGCGGCACAGACGACGACGCUGACGACACGAGCGACACCAAUACGGACACGGAAGACGAGUCAUAG